AUGGCGACCACCGGCGGAGCCCAGAGUGCUCCCACCAGGGCGCCUUAUAUCCCCCAAGACGUGCAGUCUGUCGCGCACAUGCUCAAUGGCCUCGACGAGGCACGAAAGAACAAGAGGAAGGGCCAGGCCAUGUGCAAGCGGUCCACCUUUGCAGUCAAGGGGUCGUCCAUCACCGUCGACUCGUGGAAGAUGCAGGAGCAGGAUUACAAGAAGCGAGAUCUUCCCACAUAUGCCCGCGGCCUGUUCACCACGAGAAACGCACGAAAUGAGCCCGAGAUUGCCGUGAGAGGUUACGACAAGUUCUUCAAUGUUGGCGAGGUCCACGAGACCAAGUGGGACAACAUCCUGCAGAGGACACAGGGCCCUUACGAGCUGACGCUAAAGGAGAAUGGCUGCAUCAUUUUCGUUUCCGGCCUCGAGGACGGCACCCUCCUCGUGUGCAGCAAGCAUUCGACUGGAGAGAGAGAGGAUGCCGAUCUCAGCCACGCCGUCGCUGGAGAACGAUCCUUGGAAAAGCAGCUUGCUCGGCUGGGCAAGUCCAAGCAGGAUCUGGCUAGGGAAUUGAGAGCUCGCAAUGCCACCGCCGUGGCUGAGCUGUGUGAUGACUCGUUCGAGGAGCACAUCUUGGCCUACGGCCCAGAAAAGGCCGGUCUUUACCUUCACGGAAUCAACCUGAACCUCCCCGAAUUUGCCACGUAUCCCAGCACCCACGUUCAGAGCUUUGCCGAUGACUGGGGCUUCCAAAAGGUUGGCCUCAUCGUCAUGGACGAUGUCAACCAGGUCAAGGCUUUCCUAGAAGAAUCCGCAGAUACGGGAGCUCACGACGGACGCGAUGUCGAGGGCUUUGUGAUUCGCUGUCGAGAGUCUCAUGAUCCUGGCGUCCAGCCAUAUCGGGAUUGGUUCUUCAAGUUCAAGUUUGAGGAGCCGUACCUCAUGUAUCGACAGUGGCGCGAAUGCACCAAGGCCAUGAUCUCAGGCAAGCCACCCAAGUUCAGGAAGCAUGUCCAGAUCACCGAGGAAUACCUCCUCUACGCACGCAAACGACUCGCCACCGACAAGAACCUGGGUCAGCUGUACCAGGCGAACCAUGGCAUCAUCGCCCUACGCAACGACUUCCUCGCUUUCAAGAAUAUGAAGGGCUCUGACGCCGCUAACCUCGAGCUCAUCGCUCCUUCCACAGCCGAUAUCAACACCGAGGUGACGCGAGACGUCAUCUUGGUCCCCAUCGCGACGAUUGGAUGUGGCAAGACGACAAUCGCUGUUGCGCUGACGCAUCUGUUCGGCUGGGGCCACAUUCAAAACGAUAACAUUACCGGUAAGGGACGGCCUCCUCGCUUCACCAAGGCGGUGCUCGAUCUCCUCCAGGAGCGCCCCGUUGUCAUCGCGGACCGAAACAAUGCGCAAAAGCACGAGCGCAAGCAGAUCCUCACCGAUGUCAAGAUUCAACACAAGGACGCGCGCCUUGUCGCUCUGUACUUCAAGCAUGAUGCGUCCAACAUUGAUGAAGUGCGCAGGGUCACGCAGGAGCGAGUGUUGGCGCGUGGAGACAACCACCAGACGAUCCACGCUGCUAGCGAUCAGAACAAAUUCCUCGGCGUCAUGGAAGGCUUUGUCGAUCGAUUCGAACCCCUUGUCCCGUUCUCCCGCCCAGAUGAUGGGUUCGACGCGGUGGUCAACCUCGACCCCACGGCCGAGAGCCGCCAGAACCUUGAGACGGCGGUCAACGAGCUCCACCGCCUCUACCCGAACCUCUUUGAGCUUCCGUCCGCUGAGAGGCUGGAUGAGGCCAUGAAGGCUGCCUUUGAUGAUUACCAGCCUGGCCUGAAGCACACGAUCCCCGAUCGUGGCGCCCGACAAAACAAGCCCGGACAACAGGCACAGCAGCCCAAGAAGGCCAAGAAGAAGCCCCUCGAGUACAUGUCUGUCGCUGUCCCCGGGAGCCAGGUCAGGUCUAUCCUGGAUAAGGCCUUUGACAAUGUCGCCAUCGAGACGUCCAGAUUUUACAAACAGCUCAGCCAGACGCGACGCAUCCAGCCAAAGUUUCACGUCACGCUGAUGCACCGCGCGUCUUCCAAAGAGCAUCCCGAACUGUGGGAACACUACAGCAAGGUUGUAGCUGACGCUGAAGCUGCCAACAUCGCCACUGCCGGGGCCACGGGCGCCAGCGCUGCGCCGACCCUGGGCUCCUGCGGCGUUGAGCUAGAGAGGGUCGUCUUCAACGAUCGUGUCAUGGCCAUCGUCGUAAGGCUCAACGGCCAGGACCAAGCGUGGCAGUGCGUCAACCCCAUCGCCCACAUCACCGUCGGCACGCGGGAGGACAGCAUCAAACCCAAGGAGAGCAACGAAUUGCUCGCGCGCUGGCUCAACGAGGGCGUGGGAGAGGCAACGGGCAUUCGAGAGGUGGUCUUUGAUAACAAGGAGACUCUUGAGGGGGCCGUUCAGGGUGUUAUGUCGAGGUAG